AUGCCACCACAAAUCACAUUCAUCAAAAUAUCAAAAUCCAUCUCCCUCCCAAUCAAAGUCUUCAUAAAACAACAAUCAACAUCAGAUUCAUCCAUCACCAAGAAUUCAUAUGCCAUAAAUUCAAAAUCCCUAAUCACUUUAUCAAACAAUAAAUUCCAACUCCGAUUAUCCAACAACUAUCUCUCCAAAAUCAUUUCCGAAAUUUCAUCGGAUCUAAAAAGAAUCCUAUUUUAUGAUCGAGAUGAAUCGGUGGUGAUUCAAAAUCAAGAAAUCAAGAUUGGGGAGAAAUAUAAAUUAUUCAUCCCGAAACAAGUUAUAAUUGAAGUUAGGAUGAGAUUGGGAUUGUUGAAUAUGGAACAAUUGGAGCAAUAUAAGGCUCCGAAAUCGGAUGGAUUGGGGAUGAAGUUAUUGCUUCGGGAAAAGAUUAUGAGAGUCAUGCCUGAAGAAGAAGAGAAUGAUUCUUUGAUGAUUCUGGUUGAGGAUGGAGAGAAUAGGGAGGAGGAAUUGGAGGAAGAGGGGGAGGAUAAGAAGAAGGUGAAUAUGGAUUAUAAGUUACGUAAUAUACCUGUUGUGGGAGGACUACUGGAAUGUAUUACUUUGCAUGUAUAUUAG